AUGGAUGAUAAACGAGGGGAUAUCAGCAAAGAAACGAUGAAAGUGAAGGAAAACGAUGUACUGGACAAUGGAGAACAUGAAAUACAGAACCUUUUUGAACGUGUUCAAUUAUUUAUACAAACGUCAGCAGUCGUCAAUCUACUCCACAAAGCCAUAGAAAUGAUUAAUUCAUUGCGUUUUGUUAAUCAAACGAUUCAGCCGGUGAAGAAAGAACAUAAAUCUACCCAGACGGAAGACGUAACUCAAGAGAUAAUAUCGACUGCGAAGUCAAUGCGUGAAGAUGAAGACGAAACAGCAGAAGACUUCUUCUCUGACUAUCUUCGUAACCGAGAGCUGUACAAGGCAUUGUGGAAAUCAACCACACAACAUAAAAUCGCAUCCCCUAGUUCAGAUGACCGAAAAAUGAAGGAUAUCGAAGAGGUUAUUGGAAAAUCAAACUUCAGUGGAAGGGAAAUCACUGGAGUGAUGCAGUCUAGCUGGAGUUUGAAAUCAAACCGAGGAAAAGCGAUAGAACCAUACCAAUCAUCGUCAACAAGACAACUGUAUUGGUCACAAUCGACUGCUAAUAAGCAAGAAGGUGGAAUGGUCAUGCAUGCAGUGACUAGGAGAAUGAUGUGGGCUGAGGAACGCCAGGGCAACAGGGAGACAGGCAUUGAGGUGGAUUCAAAAACUCACUUCCGAGUCGGAAGUAUCUCCAGUACACCAGUUCGAGAAUGCACCACAUUCACACCACAUUCGUCAAUGGGCACGUCGAAUUUGCUGCCUCCAUGGAAUGACUUCGAUCCUGCUAUUGUAUGCUCAAUCAUUUACCAAUCAAGUAAUCCAUCCGUGACACAAUCAAGAAGUUCUGCUAAUGCAAAUCAGAAUUAG